UCAUCUCUUACAUUGAAAGCAUGCUGCGGACUCUAGUCGGCGUCCUGCUGCAGGCGGCGUUUGUUUUUGGGUGCGGUUCACCUGCAGUGAAGCCAGACACCAGCAGGGUGGUGAAUGGAGUGGAUGCUCGUCCCCAUAGCUGGCCUUGGCAGAUCUCCCUACAAGUGCAACACGGCUCCCGCUUCCAUCACACGUGUGGAGGAACGCUGGUCGCUCCUCGCUGGGUGCUGACUGCUGGACACUGCAUCUGGCCCGGAGAUGUGUACCGCGUGGCUUUAGGGGAGCACAACCUGAGCCUACAGGAGGGCACAGAGCAGAUCAGAGACAUCCUGCGCAUCGUUGUCCAUCCUGAGUGGGACAUCGACCAUGUGGCCAACGGCAACGACCUCGCCCUGCUGAAGCUGGAUAAGAGCCCCAUUAUGAACGACAGUGUCGGCGUGGCUUGUCUUCCUCAGGCUGGAGAGAUCCUGGCCCACGGGACCCAAUGUUUCAUCUCUGGCUGGGGCAACCUUUACACCCACGGCCCCAUGCCUGACAUACUGCAGCAGGCCUUGCUGCCCGUGGUGGAGCACAGCAUCUGCAGCCGCAGCGACUGGUGGGGCCACACGGUGAAGACCACCAUGGUGUGUGCAGGAGGUGAUGUAAUUUCUGCGUGCAACGGGGACUCUGGGGGCCCUCUGAACUGCCUGGGUCAGGACGGUAGGUGGUACAUUCAGGGCGUGACCAGCUUUGUGUCUUCGGCCAUGUGCAACGAAGUGCAGAAACCCACCGUCUUCACGCGCACCUCUGCCUUCACCGAGUGGCUCAACGAGAUCUUCAUGUUCAAUUGGUUGGCGACUGACGGGGCUGUCGGUCAUCCUCCCGCCACGCUGCUGCGAAGGCUGCGAAAAGGUCAGGGCUGGGUGGCGGAGGGGGAAAAAAAAAGAAAAGCUUUGAAGAGAAUCAAAAGGCCCAGUACCAGACGGCUCUACUGUUCAUUACUGCACAGAAGCUGCUGCUCUGGGAAUCGGUACAUACGGGCAGUUAUCAGAAAGAUAAAUAAAGAUAUUUAAUCUAUGUUCAGCCAGAGAUUGAGU